AUGGCCGCCUUGCCCAAUAUCUCGGACUUUGACCUCCUACCAACGCCCGUCGAUGGUCAAGAUGCAACCACCUUCCCAGCCCUCGACUUCAAGGAGUACAUCCCAAUCAGCCUCCCCGAGCAGCAACUCGACCUUUCCUCGAUUUUAGCGCCCGAGUCAUCCGAGACGAUCGGCACGCGGUGGUUGCAGCUGUUGAUGCUGCUCACCCUCAGCGUGGGCAUCAUGCUGAUGACGUGCUGCUGUGUGUUCACUCAAUGCCUCUACUACAGCUAUGUCGGCGAACGGGUGAAGCUGCGCAACGUCAAGACGCAGAUUCGCACGGCCUACGAGGAAAAUAGCGGGUUUUUCUGGCGCCUCGUCAAUUCGUUGAUGGCCGACCCAGAGCUGCAAUGCGCCGAAUCGUCGAGCAGCAGCGACGACGACAGCGACAACGACACGGCCAGCCUGAACGCCGCCCGCUUCAACCCCAACAAUGCCGUCUUCUUCCACCACGAUGCCGGGCGGAGGCGACGUGCCACAGCUGGGCCGCGCCCAAAGCGUAGCCAAUGCGAUACGCGCCGGGAUGUGACGAGUCUGAGGAUCGAGCACGAUGGAUCCAGCCCGUCUACGUCGGCGGUCGGCUCGGCGCGGCAAUGCGACACGCGGCGUAACGUGGCAAGCAUUCGGGUGAGCCGCAGCUCGAGCGUCUCCAGCUCCACGUCGUCAAUCUCGACCGUCCCGUCGUCCCCUCGAGUGUCGUCGAGCGCGACGGCAGUCGUCAACUUCAUGCAGCACCAGCCGGCCAUGCCGCAAAUGACCAUCUUUGAUCUGCCCGAGGUUCUCCUAAACAUGGCCUACACCGGCGGCUUCAUCAACAGGACCGUGGACGAAACUACGGCUAGCGGCUCGAACAGGCCAACCGAAUCGCCCUCAUUUGAU